UGGGCUGGGAGUGGUGAUGAGUUCCACGUGAGUGACAGAAGACAAGGGACGUCACUUGCGCGGGGCAGCUCACGCAAAGGAAAACAGCGCAGCAGGUGGAGCUGAGGCCAAGAACCAGGAGCUGCAUCUGUACCACCAUCUCUUCGACAACUACGACCCAGGAAGCCGGCCCGUGAAGGAGCCUGAAGACACGGUCACCAUCACCCUCAAGGUCACCCUCACCAAUCUUAUCUCCCUGGUAAGAUGCCCCCACCCGCACCCACUGUCCUGGGGGCUGGUUCGGACCUCCACCACCCUGACCCCGCUCGUCUGCAGAACGAGAAGGAGGAGACCCUGACCACCAGCGUGUGGAUUGGAAUCGACUGGCAGGAUUACCGACUCAACUACAGCAAGGGCGACUUCGGGGGCGUGGAGACCUUGCGGGUCCCUUCAGAGCUCGUAUGGCUCCCGGAGAUUGUGCUGGAGAACAACAUUGACGGCCAGUUCGGCGUGGCCUACGACGCCAACGUGCUGAUCUACGAGGGCGGCUACGUGAGCUGGCUGCCCCCCGCCAUCUACCGCAGCACCUGCGCCGUGGAGGUCACCUACUUCCCCUUCGACUGGCAGAACUGCUCGCUGGUCUUCCGCUCGCAGACGUACAAUGCCGAGGAGGUGGACUUCGUCUUCGCCGUGGACGACGACGGCGAGACCAUCAGCAAAAUCGACAUCGACACGGAGGCCUACACGGAGAACGGCGAGUGGGCCAUCGACUUCUGCCCCGGGCUGAUCCGUCGCCCCAACGGAGCCUCCGCUGGGGGCCCGGGGGUCGUCGACGUCAUCUACACGCUCAUCAUCCGCCGGAAGCCGCUCUUCUACGUCAUCAACAUCAUCGUGCCCUGCGUGCUCAUCUCGGGCCUGGUGCUGCUCGCCUACUUCCUGCCGGCGCAGGGUAAGGGGCCGCGGGACCCUGAGCCCGGCUCGCUGCUGGCGGGGCGGCUCUCACCGGGCGCUCCCUCCAGCCGGCGGCCAGAAGUGCACCGUUUCCAUCAACGUCCUGCUCGCCCAGACCGUCUUCCUGUUCCUGAUCGCUCAGAAAAUCCCCGAGACGUCGCUGAGCGUGCCGAUGCUGGGCAGGUACCUCAUCUUUGUCAUGGUGGUUGCCACGAUCAUCGUCAUGAACUGUGUCAUCGUGCUCAACGUGUCUCUGCGGACGCCCACCACACACGCCAUGUCCCCGCGGCUGCGCCACGUGAGAGCCGCGAGGGGGACGGCUCCGGGGGCGGGGCGAUGAUCCGGACGGGGCGGGGCCUCGAGCUCGCUUCGCCCCGCCCCCAGGUCCUGCUGGAGCAGCUGCCCAGCCUCCUGGGCUCCAGCGCACCCCCCGAGGCUCCCCGGGCCGCCCCGCCGCCCAGGCGCGCGUCCUCGGUGGGCCUGCUGCUCCGUGCGGAGGAGCUGAUCCUGAAAAAGCCGCGGAGCGAGCUCGUGUUCGAGGGGCAGAGGCACCGGCACGGGGCCUGGACUGCAGCUGCCCUCUGCCAGAGCCUGGGCGCCGCCGCCCCCGAGAUCCGCUGCUGCGUGGAGGCUGUGAACUUCGUGGCCGAGAGCACGCGGAGCCAGGAGGCCUCCGGCGAGGAGGUGUCCGACUGGGUGCGCAUGGGGAAGGCCCUGGAUCACCUCUGCUUCUGGGCCGCCCUGGUGCUGUUCGGCGUGGGGUCCAGCGUCAUUUUCCUUGGGGGCUACUUCAACCAAGUGCCUGAGCUGCCCUACCCACCGUGCAUGUAGCCGGCUUCCCCACCCGGUUCCCGGGGCGGGGGGCUGCUGUACGGUGAUCCUUUACCGACCUCACUUUUAUCGACCGCCCGACCGCCCCUAAUAAAUCGGAGCUUUGCCAACCUCACAAGAGUUGUGUGUGCGUGCCGCAUGUAGGUCUGGCCACCGCGGGGUCCGGAGCCGAGGGUUCUCGGGUGCCGGUCCCCCGGAAACCACUCGGUAUCCCUCCUCAAGCCUUGCUGACCCCUCU